AUGAAUGAAUAUUUAAUAAAAAAGUAUUUGAAAACAUCAAAAAAGAAAAAUAGACGGGGGAAGAAAAGUAAUAUACAAAUUUACGACAGUGAAGAGGAAACUAAUAAAAAUAUUUUUCGAAAUAAUAUUAAUAAAGACGAUGAUGAGAAAUUUGAAUUUACAGAAUCAGAUAGAAGCUCUGAGAUACCAAUUACUGUUACAGAAAACAAUACUAUGGAAAUAUUGCAAUUAUCAAAUGAAAACAAGAAAAAAAUUUUAGAAUCUUUAAGCAAUAAUCUUGUGAUAGGUUCAUGUGAAGCAAAAAAUGAAAUAAAUAAAGAAAAAGGAUAUUAUUUAAAAAAUAUAAGCAAAAAAAAAGAAAAAAAGAAUGAGAAUAAUACAUUAAAAGAUUAUGAUUCUUAUAAUAAAAAUAAAGAAUCUAAUAAUAAUAAUACUAAUAAAAAUUUAAAUAGGCAUUUUAAGGAUAAAAGUAUGAGAUAUGUUGAGAGUAAAGAAGAUUCUAAUUUAUUAUCUCUAAGAAAAAAGAAAGAUAUAAGUGAAAGUGAUUCUGACUUAUCUGUUCCUAGAAAAAAGAAAUAUAGAAAUGAAAGUGACUCUGACUUAUCUCUUCCAAGAAAAAAGAAAGAUAGAAGUGAAAGUGAAUCUGAUUUAUCUAUUCCUAGAAGAAAGAAAGAUAGAAGUGAAAGUGAAUCUGACUUAUCUCUUCCUAGAAAAAAGAAAGAUAGAAGUGAAAGUGAUUCUGAUUUAUCAUAUAGAAGAAAUACUAAAUAUAUUAAAAAUGAAGAAGAUACAUUAGUUAAUAUAAAAAACGAAAAAAAUCAUGAAAAAAAAUCAGAAUCAGAAUACGCAGAUUCAUAUAUAUCAUUGGCAUUAUCUUCUGAAAUGAAAAAUAAGGAAUUACAAUUUUCUGAUUCCAAAAAUUUUGAAAAUGAAGGAGUUAAUUCUACCAUCUAUAGAGAUAAAGAUGGUAAAAUUAUUACAAGAGAGAAAUGGAUUAAUGAACAAAGAAGUGAAAUGAAAGAUAAAUUUGAAAAAAAUAAAAAAAUGAGGGAAAAAAAAAAAAGAGACAAUAAUAAUAUAAAAUUAGAGUGGGGAAGUGGUCUAGUUCAAAAAGAAAUUAGAAAAAAAAAUAUCGAGGAAAAUGAAAAGUUAAUAAAUAAAGGGAACAUAAUAAAUUAUGAUUAUGAUUCUGAUUAUGAAUUAGAAUUAAAAAAGAAAAAAAGAAAAGAAGAUCCUAUGAAUAUAUAUUUAGAUAACAAAAAAGAAAAUCAAAAACCAACUUGUAGGUAUCAAACUCCUUACAAUAGAUUUAAUAUUUUAGCAGGAUAUAGAUGGGAUGGUGUAAUAAGAGGAAAUGGGUUUGAACAAAGAAGAUUAGAAGCAUUAGAAUUAAAACGACAACAAAAUAAAUUAACAUAUAUGAAUAAUACAUCUGAUCUUUGA